GAAGGGCGAUCCGCGCAGCUGACAAGAGAGGGACGGAAUUGGCGGUCGCCGCGCGCCAGGCGCCAGCCAACCAAGCAGUCAGUCAGUCGCUGACAGUGACAGUUUUCGACAUCUCACGAGAACGUUCGCGUGUGUGGUCCCCGAUUUCUCACUUCGAGGGUCAAGCGCGGUCGAUUCGGAGAGUCCCGAGUCCGUGCGCGACGACGCCGCCGCGUCCCGCAAAAUGGCAGAGCGAAGCGGCGCGACGGCUUGCCUCGCGCUCCUCUACCUGGCCUGCCUGGCCGCGCAGGCGGUGCGCGCGAACCCGGUCAACAUCCCCCUGACGCAGGUGCCGUCGCGGCUGCUGGAGAAGGCGUGGAGGGCCCUGAACGACCACUCGCCCACGCACCACCUGUACGCGCACGGCAAUCUGAUAAAUGCGCAGGAGCUGGAGGAGCCGCCUUACAAGGUGUACAAAUUCACGUACGACCUGAGCCCGAUAUGCGGAACGGAGUCAUGUCCCAGGGAGGCCUGCACCAUCGACCUGAAGCAGGACGAGCACGGCGACGUGGAGACGCUGAACGACUCGAUUCAAUGCAUGUACUUCUACCCGGCCGACGCGCAGAACGACAUGUCGCAGGAGCAGCAGAGCUACCAGGAGCAGGAGGACUCUCAGGUCACUCAGGAGAGUCUGGCCGAGCAGGUCAACAGCAAUCGUAGCGUGGAGCUGGACCAUGAGAUCCAGGAGACCGGCGACGAGAACGUCAGGCCGUUCAUCGCCAUGCGCGCCUCCGGCUAUUGCCCGGGCUGUCCGUACGAGCUGAAUCCGAAUCUGCCGGGUCUUCUCGCCUUCGGCGAGCAGGCGUUGCGGUCGAUGGACGAACGGACCGCGGGCGAUUACAAGCACAAGCUGAUGAGCAUCGUGAGGGUCACUCGUUCGGUACCGGUCUCGUCCAACGUGAUACAGUAUCAGCUGCUGCUGCAGAUAGGCGAGUCCGAGUGCCUGAAGAACGCCCUGGAGCAGGAACAGGAGUGUUUGUUGCGAACGACCGUGCCGACCAAGCUAUGCCUGGUGACGUUUGAGCAGCGGCCGUGGCAACAGUCGUCCCUCAGGAUCACCAAGAACAACUGUACAGAUCCCGAGAACGCGUCCAGCGCCAACGGCCAGCCACAGAGGUCGUCGAGUCUGGAGAGCGAGUCCCUAGUGACGGUCAAGUACGACGAGGCGAAGCCGGCUGGCACCGAGAUGGCUGACGUCUACGAGAGCCUGAAGGAGAUGCUGGACAAUUACACCCAUGUGCCGUCGACGCCCUCGAAGGAGCCCGAGGAGGCCGAGGUGACGGAAUCCGCCGUAAAGGUGGUGUUAAACAAGAGUCAGGACGACGAGAAGGUUUUGGGCUUCACGGAUAAGGCGAAGGAGUACAGGGAGUUCCUGGAGGACUUCGAUCUGCCGGUCAAAGUGGAAGAUGUCACCGUCGACACGACUGGCGGAGCCAUGAAAGAGGUCAAGGAAGAGAAGUUUCUGCGGAAGAAGGUGGAGGACUUCAAGGCGAGUGAUAAAGAGACUGUUAAUAACAGGAGGAAACGAUCGAAGCGCUUAGUCGGUGCCCCCUCGCCCAUCCCCGUGGACAAUGCCGAGAUCCAGGUGUACGCCGAUAAAGCGCUGCACAAACUUUCCGCGCAGUCGAACGACCCGAACGAGCCGGCUAUAGUGGAGAUCGUCGAGGCGAGCGUCCAGGUGGUCCAGGGUAAACUUUACAAGAUCAAGGCCAGGGUGGGCGUCAGCGACUGCCCGAAGGGUACCAACAACAACUGCCAGGUGCUGGCGGGUGGCGAGGUGAAAGAGUGCAUCAUAAACGUGUGGUCGCGACCGUGGCUCGAUCAGGGCUCGCCCGAGAUCACGGUGGACUGCUCACCGUCGCAAAGCAAGAGGAGAAAACGAUCCCUGCGCGGCACUAAUUACAGCAAGAACAUGCUGCAGAUCGCCGAAGACAUGCGGGUUGAGCGGCUGUUCGACAAGUUCGCGGAGACCUACAAUCGGACGUACUCGACGCCGGAGGAGAGGAAUCUGCGGCUGCGGAUAUUCCGCGAGAAUCUCGGUAUCAUCGAUCUUCUGCAGCAGAACGAGGAGGGGACCGGUCGCUACGGCGUUAACAUGUUCGCCGACGUGUCGCGCGAAGAAUUCCGAGAGCGUUAUCUCGGCUUACGGCCGGACCUGCGAUCGGAGAACGAGAUCCCUCUGCGCGAGGCCGAGAUCCCGGACAUUGAUCUACCACCCACCUUCGACUGGCGAAAGAAGGGUGUCGUGACUCCGGUGAAGAAUCAGGGCAGUUGCGGCUCGUGCUGGGCCUUCUCGGUGACGGGCAACGUCGAGGGCCAGUACGCGAUCCAGCACGGCCAGCUGCUGUCUCUGUCCGAGCAAGAGCUGGUGGACUGCGACGAUCUCGACGACGGCUGCAGCGGCGGCUUGCCGGAUAACGCGUACAGGGCCAUCGAGAAGCUGGGCGGGCUCGAGCUGGAGUCGGACUAUCCGUACGAGGCGGAGAACGAGAAGUGUCACUUCAAGAAGAACUUGGCCAAGGUGCAGCUGGCCUCCGCCGUCAACAUUACAUCGGACGAGGUGCAAAUGGCGCAGUGGCUCGUGCAGAACGGCCCGAUCUCUAUCGGCAUCAACGCUAACGCCAUGCAGUUCUACAUCGGCGGCGUCUCGCAUCCUUUCAAAUUCCUGUGCAAUCCCAAGAAUCUGGAUCACGGCGUGCUGAUCGUCGGAUAUGGCACAAGCAGCUAUCCGCUCUUCCACAAAAAGUUACCGUAUUGGAUCAUUAAGAACAGCUGGGGAAAAUCGUGGGGCGAACAAGGAUACUAUAGAGUCUACCGCGGGGAUGGCACCUGCGGAGUUAAUACGAUGGCCUCGAGUGCCGUGGUUGUUUAAUGCUGACUACGUAAAUAAGUUUUUCAUAACAAUUAACUUAUAAUCGUUCCAAACGAAGUUAUAUAUUAUACAUGCAUAUAUAGAUAUAUAUAGAGAUAUCCUUUUUUACUAAUCAAUAUCGAUUUUUAAAACUGGAUUCAUUCGCUUGCCAAAUAUUUGACGAACGCAACUUGACCUCAUUAUCAGUCUACACUAUGUAUUAUAGUACCUACUCGAUAUUGAUAUUCAGCUUAAUUGUGCAAGUAUCUGGCAAACGUAUGAAUCAUCUGGCGCCAAUUAAGUACGUAUUGUGCAAUAUAUUGAGGCUAAGUUUAAUUUUUUGCGUAUCUACUGGGAUAAAGACGAUGUAAUCGUUUACGACAAUCCUGCUCGUUUGUUGAAAAGUUCAAAGCUACAUUAUAUAGUAAUUCGCUAAUGUUUCGCAAAUCUCUUUAUAAAAUAAUAUAGAUAAUAUAUAUAAAUAUUUAAAGUGUUAAAAUGUGCAAUGAUGUUGGAACUACGGCAAUAGAGGAUGUUAAAUGUUCUCUUAACUUAGCUAAAUUUUAAUUGCGUGUGUAAAAAUUAAUAAGUAAAGAAAUGAAAGUGUAACCCUCUCGCCCUCGAGACACUUUUAUAUUUUACAGUUCUUAAAUUUGUUGUAGAUCGUCGGCAUUUUUUUUAAGUUUUACAACGAAUUUUUAACUGUGCGCAGUCCUGAAGAGUAGUUUUAUAUGCCAUUUAUAUUAACUUAACCAAAGAGGGGAAAAAUGAUUUGUAAGAAAGUAAGCGAAAUAAGGAAAAAUAAGUAGGAAUUGGAUUUUUAUUAAACGCAAUAAAGAUAACUAUGCGAAA